UUCAAAAUGAAUUUAGGUUACAGUUUUGGUAUGUUAUUCAUCAGGUUGUAUCAAUCACCUGUCUAUAUCACAAAUCUCGGAAAGCCACCAUCUAUCUAGGCUGCGGUCGGUUUUUUGGAUUAAGUUUUGAAAUAUGAAACAGUUUUAGAAAUGUUUGAUGAUGUGCAAGGUAUGUCGACUCCAGGGCCCUCCAGAGAUUUUUUCUCUACAUCUACACCACCAUCGUCCAGUCGCAGUUCUAUUUCUGGAUAUGAAAUUGAGAAUCCAUUCGAUAAAGAUUUGGAUAAACGUUUGAGACAUUCAGCGUUUUCACCAUCCUUUGGUGGGGGAGGCCCAUUGGAGACAAAUAUCACAAUAGACGAGAACAAAGCUUUCUUGUCACCGUACUUUCAACUUAUCGCUAACCCAAUUAAAAUUGGCUCAAAAGAAAUUAAGCGCCAGUCACGUAGCAGGACAGAUUGGGAGUUGGAUGACAGGAGUCAAAAUAGUAUUGAUGAGUUCUUCAGACAAGUGCCACUCAGUCCAAUUUCGACUGGAAGUGUUAUCAGUGACUUCUCACCAUACAUAAAGCACGACAGAAGUAGAAAUUCUGAUGAUUUCAAUAAUUCCAAUAACGGACAUCAAAAUCUGCAUGAAAUCAGAGAGGAGAACACGAUGGAGUUUAACAGUGAAGCGAGGGCAACACAGACUGCAUUAAGUAUACCGCCUGACUACGACCUCUCUUCUGUUCUAGCUCAUUUAUUCACACAGAACAGCUGCGAAUACGACACAGAAGCAGGGGCAUGUUUCAAUUAUCCAUCAUCGAGCAAAACUCCAUCUUCAUCCAGUCCGAACAAACUGAAUCUGCAGGACUACGAAAUCAUGAGUAUCAGCCGACCGCUUCUAUUCGGCUACGAUGACCACAACCACUCUUUACUCGACGACGACUUCCAGAAUAAUAACGAGAACGAUAUAAACACCAGCAAGUGUUCUUCGCUUGGUGAAAUGGAUCAGCCGCCGAUUUGCGUGUCGCCAAUUAUGCCGAUGGGCGAGGCUUCGGGGAGUGGGGGUUGUAGUAGUCGGAUGGAUUUUGCUAGGGAGGAAAGAGACAGAGAUUGUUCUUUUCGUAAUGAUGGGCAUAUCGAUGAAAUCGGAUGUUCACGAGAUCUGGAAUGUGUUGCGAGCUCAUCUAAAGGCACGAGGCGCCUUUCGUUUGAAGCUAACAUCUCGGCUAUCGAGCCAUGCAACAGUGCACAAAGUAGAGAAGAAGACUUUGAAAAUGAACAAAACUUCGAAAAUAGAGCAAUGAGUUCGAGUGUCGCGGACGAGAAUCCGAAUCAAAUGGUUCGCUUUUUAUCUCUGUCUUCUAUUUCCGAAGAGGAAGUUUUAAAUUACGCGAGGUCGGAAAACAAUAACAGUCAAAUUUUAAACUCGUCACCGGUGAGAAUUGGAGACGAAACUGAGAAUCGAACCCACUCGGCAAUCGGAGGGCGAGGGGUAUCAGCGAGACUAGAAAGCACGAGGCAGAUUAGCUUCGACGACGCAGCUAUGAUCAGUACGAUUCCAGCGAUCAACCCGAAUGAUACUUUGACCUUAACCGAAGACAGCGGUUUCGCCGCCGGGUCAAGUUCAAAUGUGCAACAAUUUGCACCCGCGUUAUCAAGUACUCAUAUUGUGAAUAGUCAACAGAAUCAAGCGCUGCAGGGGACGUCGCAGUUCGCGACAACUGAUAGUGGAAUUCUGCAUAGCUCGCAUAACUCAUUGAGUUUUCCCAAUAUUUCAUCGAAUAAUGAAGCUUCGCGGAACGAGCAAAGCAAUAGUAAUAGGCUAAGUGAACAUUCGGCAAACAGCGGAAAUGUCAGUUCUGAAAUUAGAGUAAGAACUGAAUAUAGAGAUCCAAUACGAGCGUCGUCACAAAAUUCGCCUUGUGUGUUAAAUGCGCAAUCUUUGCAGAAUUUGUCCUUCGUCAAUGACGAAUCAUCACGUGAUCAGACCGUGAACACAAACCUUGAAAGGGCGGCUUUGGAUAAAACUUCAGCUGGCAUUCGUGAUCAGUUUGACGGAUUUGAAAUUCGCUCAAGUCCAAACGAAUCUAACAUCGUGACCACUAAUGUUUCAGAGCCGAAAAGGGUUUCACCGAGAGAUAAUAUGUCAGAUGAUUAUGGUGAUUGUACGCCAAAACAGAAACCGAAAGUAUCAAGAAUUUCAGCGACACCGGAUUUAAGUGGACUCAUCGCGAAAAGCUCAAAAGCGGGAUCUUUUGUCCGACAAAAAUCUUUUGGACGCGAGCUAUUCAAUAUUGAAUCAUCAACACAUAUCAAAAAUUCAAUCGAAAACCAAAGUUCAAUGAAUAAGUCAAAUACCGCGAACGAUGCAAAUAAUAUUUUAAACUCGACAAAAAGCUCGGUUUUAAAUAUUGGUCAGAAACGCUUAAGAUCUGAUCGACUUAUAGCUAAAGAAAAUGUAUCUCACCAAAGUUCUAGCAGUCAGUUUCUUGGAACUGAGAAAUUGAUUCUAAACGAAAACAACCGAAUCAAUCAUAGCGAGCAGAUGGGAAAAUUGGGUUUGUCGAGUUUUGUGCCGCUGCAUGAUAGUACAAACACGAAAGAGAUGUUAGCAAAUAAAGGCAUAUCUAUUGACUGUUUUUCUAUUUCUACUCGAAGUUCAAGUUCUUCUCAAGGUCAAAGAGGGAGCAAAAUUGAUUUGUCGGGAACUUUGAAAGAUGUCUUGACCGACCAGUGGUGGGAGUCGCGAUGUAAUAAGGAAACUUAAGUGAUGCUCGUUCUUGUGAAACUUUUUUCAUAGGGGGAUUCGAUCAAUAGUCCUCCUCUCCCUAUUUCAUAGUUUCAGAAUAUCAUAGUGGAAAAGUGAAAAAUGCUGUAAAAUUAAUGCAACCUGGCUUGAAAAUUUUAAAAAGCUAACUAAUCAGUAAUGAUCUUUCAUUCUUCUGGUUAUGAUAUUUUGGAGCACACUCAAGAAAAAUACUUCGCUGUGCCUCAUUGCUUAGCAGUAAUUUGGGUCACAAUUAUUUGCCGCUGAAUUUGUAUCAUCCAUCAAUUACGCUUUAA